AAGCCACAUGUUAGGACACUAACAAUGGCUGUCUCAGAAUAUUUUCUCAAAAUAUCUGGCUCAAGUUCAAGGCCACGUUUCAUAGCACUUGUCUGCCUUGUGCCCUUAAUGAUUCUUGUGGCCAAUGACUGACUAGCUGAAUCCCCAACCACAUGACAAACCUCCCGGAACCUGCUUGCAGUAACCCUUGAUUUCCGAAUCUGUCCCCAAGCAGUGCAUUUUGACUGUAGUCUUGUGGCCUCUUCAAUCUGGCAAGCUGAGCUAUGGGUAACCUUUAUAGACUCCAGAUGAAGUGCUUGAUGGUGUGUGGGCACAAAUUUUAAAUUACAGCUAAACUCAUAACCAAGCACAGGUAGUGGGGGAAAAUUAACAUCAGGAACACCUGCAGCUAUAGGGGGACAUUGGUAAGACAGUUUACUGCCACAAGGUACAGGACCAAAUUGUGAGGGGACCAACUCUACUUUUGACAUACCCUCAAGUAUGUGUGCCAGCAUAGGCUUGGGAUUUAUCCGAUUUAGUUUUGCACCAGAAGCCAAGACAUCAGCAAAUUAUGAACACAAAUUAUGAGUCGUGAAGACAUUAAGCUGUAGCUGUGCGCACACACACACACAAACAGAAACAAAACAAACAAACACACACACAAACACAUAAACAAAGUUGUGAAUUACCCAACAGAUUGAAAUUAAAAUAAAUACAAAAUACAAAAUCUAAACAGCAGAUUACAGUCGUAGUUCAACGUCCAGAUAUGAACCGGAUUUGCACGUCGAGUGGACGUCCAGAUAUGGUCCAGACCGACCGACCCAAUUUAGACUUGAUCUGCACGUCGUAUAGACGUCUCAUGUUUGUUGGGUGGUAUGUCAGAAACUACAGUAAACAUAGUAACAAAUGACGACAUGGGAAUCAAACAAUAGAUGUCGCUGUUCCACAUCGGAGAUAUUCACGUGUCGGACCAGAACAGUCUGUACAACAACUGAGCCACAAGAAGUUAACGUAACGUUUUAGGCAACUGUCCAUCGGGUGUCGUCUGUGAAUAGAGAUGCAGUGCACACUAGUAAGUGUGAACGGAGCUCGGGUUGAACUGGCAGAUGGUCGAGCUUUAAUGUUAGGUCGAGGCCCUGAAACCAAAAUCACAGACAAGAAGUGCUCAAGGCAUCAAGUCAAACUUGUGGCCAACUAUACCAAACAGGAAGUUCUGGUUACACAGCUCGGUCCCAACCCUUGUUCCCUGGACGGUCAGUGUUUGGGACGUGGCGAGUCUGGAUGUUUGACAGCUGGCUGCACACUGUAUCUGGUCAAUCAGUCCCACCCAUUUACAGUCGAAUUUGUUGGAAAGCCAAAUGAAAAGUCCUCCUCUCCUCAGAAGAAAGGAAAAGCAGCAAAUGAAAGCAGAGACAGACAGAAAAGCUCAAAUGAUGGGUCCGGCCCCAAGAGGAGCAUCCACGAUUAUUUUUCUAAAUCCCCUAAAAAGGCGACAAAACGCCCUCACAGCCCAGAGGAUGAUGUCCCUCCCACGAAACGAGGCUGUGGUGGUGAUGAAGAUGAUGAAGAUGAUGAGGCCUCAGCUGAAGAAAAGCUUAAGCAGUUCCAAGCACAUGCACAGAAAGAGUGUGAGAAGCUGGAGUCACCAUCAGCCAAAGCCACUGCUCCAUCUUCCUCUUGUUCUCAAAGUCACUGGCAACAGAUCGGCAGCCUUCUGCUCUUCACUGCCGCAGGGGCUCCAGAUAGCUCCAAAAUUGCAGGGUUUGACAUUGAUGGCUGCAUCAUCACUACGAAGUCUGGAAAAGUAUUUCCCACAAGUCCAGAUGACUGGAGGAUUCUGUUCCCAGAGAUUCAGCCCAGACUGGCCAGUCUUUUGAAGAAAGGAUACAAGGUGGUGUUUUUCACCAAUCAGAUGGGUAUUUCUAGAGGCAAGCUCAGACCGGAGGUGUUCAAGUCAAAGGUUGAGGAUAUUCUACAGACGCUGCAGUUGCCCAUCCAGGUAUUUGCUUCCACAGCCCCUGGUAUAUACAGGAAGCCUGUUAUUGGGAUGUGGGAACAUCUGUGUGAGAAGGCGAAUGGAGGAGUGGCUGUAGAUGUGUCACAGAGCUUCUAUGUAGGAGAUGCAGCAGGACGUCCCGCUAACUGGGCACCAGGAAAAAAGAAGAAAGACUUCUCCUGCAGUGACAGACUGUUUGCCAUCAACAUUGGUCUUCAGUUUCACACACCAGAGGAAUACUUCUUGGGCUGGAAACCCGCUCAGUUCAGCUUGCCAGAAUUUGAUCCUAGGAAAUUGGAUUCUGAAAGACAUCUUUACGAUCCUCCAGAUGCCUCCCUCACAUCCACCAAGCAGGAAGUCAUUGUAGCAGUGGGAUUUCCUGGAUCUGGCAAAUCAACGUUCUUCCAGACACACAUCGUUCCGCAGGGCUACGUGUAUGUGAACAGGGACACACUUGGCUCCUGGCAGCAGUGUGUUUCAGCUUGUGAACGCGCUCUAAAGGAAGGCCAAAGCGUUGCAGUGGACAACACUAACCCUGACCCUGAGUCUAGAAAAAGAUAUGUAGAUGUCAGUCAAAGUGCUGGAGUUCCCUGCAGGUGUUUCAACUUCACAGCGAGUCUGGAACAAGCAAAGCAUAACAACAGGUUUCGUGAGAUGAUUCCUUCGGCCGUCAAGCAUGUUCAUGUCAAUGACAUGGUGAUGCACAGCUACAAGAAAAAGUUUGUGGCACCCAGUUUGUCUGAGGGCUUCUCUGAAAUCCUGCAGAUUAAUUUUGUGCCGAGUUUCAGGGAAAAAAGAUCAGAGUUCCUCUUCAUGCAGUUCUCCGAGGGCUAAGCGUGAAGUUGAGCAAAACCCAAUUGACAAUUAGUUGAAUCUUUUUUACCUAGCAAUAAGAGGAAAUCAGAAGAAUUCUAGAACAAUUGACAAUACAACAAUUACACAAGUUACACAACUAAUUGUAUUGUGUGUUAUACUGUCUCUUUCAGUUAGGUUUACACCUGUCUUUAAGUGACUUUGAAAGAUUUUAGCAGUUAUGAAGUCUCCCCAAAAGCAAAUUUAAAAAAGUAAAUUAAAGACAGGUGUUAUGAAGACUAAUAAAUUGAGGAAAUGAUUUUGAUUUUAUGAUCGCUUGUAUUGCUUGUAGAUUGUGUCAGACUGAAUAAAUACAAUUACAAUGUCAA